AUGGGAAACCAAAAGCAAAAAUGGACGGCGGAGGAGGAAGAAGGCCUACUGGCCGGAGUUGCAAAGCACGGCCCGGGCAAGUGGAAGAACAUUCUCAAAGAUCCCGAAUUUUCCUCUGUCCUAAUACACCGCUCCAAUAUCGACCUCAAGGAUAAGUGGAGGAACUUGAGUGUUAGUACUUCUGGACAUGGUUCUAAGGACAGACAAAGGGGUACAAAGGUAAAAAAUAGUGUGGCUGCCCAGCACCUUGUUCAGAACUCUGCUCCUAUUGCUUCAGUUCGUCCCAAUGCAUCUCCUGCUUCAGCUCCUCCCAAUUCAUCUCCCGCUUCAGUUCGUCCCAGUGCAUCUCCUGCUUCAGUUUGUCCCAAUGCAUCUCCUGAUGCCAUGAUGGACGAUGCAGUUAAUAGCGCACCAGAAUUGAAAAGUGCUUCACAGUACGAUCCAAUGAUUUUCCAGGCCCUUUCAACGAUGAAAGAUAUGAAUGGAUCUGAUUUAGGUGCCAUUCUUAACUUUAUUGAGCAAAGGCAUGAGGUACCUGUACCACUAAAUUUCAGAAGGUUAUUGGGUCCAAGGUUGAGAAGGCUUGUUUCACAAGGAAAACUGGAAAAGGUGCAAAAUGGCUACAAGUUAAAAAAAGAUGCAACAUUUGGAACAAAAACACCUACACCUACGCGAAAUCAAAGGGAUGUUAGGCCCCGGAAAUUGCAGAAUUCUGGGUCAAUGACAUUUACUGAAACAGUGCAGGAUGCAGCUGAAACUGCUGCCCAUAAACUUGCAGACGCUGAAGACAAAUCCUUUGUGGCUGCUGUAGCAAUGAAGGAAGCAGACAGGAUUUCAAAGAUGACAGAAGAUAACGAGUCAAUUUUACAGCUAAUUGAAGAGAUUUAUGAACGAUGUUCACAUGGUGAAGUUGUCGCCUUGGCGUAG